AUGGAGUCGUUGCUGGGCCCCGUGUUGGAGUUCCUGCGUGGCCGUCAGUCGUCGCUGCUCGCCUCCCUGGUGGCCGUCUGCGUCUUCGCCGGCCACGAGCUCUUCACCGUCGUGUCCACGCCGUGCCCCUGUUCGCCGGGCCGCAACCCGGCGCUGGCCGCCGUGGCCGCCCUGGGCCCGGCGCUCCUCCUGCUGCUAGCCGGGCUCGCCGUCAACAACCACACGCAGCGGUCGCUCACCGGCUGUGUCUCUAACAGCGUCCCCAUCGGCCCUGGCAUCUGCUGCACGCUGAGUCUCCAGGCUCUCACGCGCUCGCUCCUGGCUCCCGUCGUGUGGCUCGUCGCUGCUUUGCUCCGCGGAAACUACUACGAGUGUGCGGCCAGCGAGUUCCAGGUGACAGGUUAGAGUCCGGGACUCAGGGUCUAGUAGAGACUCAGGGUCUAGUAGAGACUCAGGGUCUAGUAGAGACUCAGGGUGUAGUAGAGACUCAGGGUGUAGUAGAGACUCAGGGUCUAGUAGAGACUCAGGGUGUAGUAGAGACUCAGGGUCUAGUAGAGACUCAGGGUGUAGUAGAGACUCAGGGUCUAGUAGAGACUCAGGGUCUAGUAGAGACUCAGGGUCUAGUAGAGACUCAGGGUCUGUGUGUGUCACUGUAUGUGUCAC